GUCACCUUGGAGAUAAACAAUGGCUCUGUCAAAAACACAAUUACCAGGUACACCUCAGCACUUUCUAGAGUGUGGUGUUGUAGACUGUGAGAGAAACUGUGAAUUCUAUUGCAACCUUUGUCACACAAGAUUAUGUAAACAAUGCAGCUAUGAACAUCAAAGAAGUUCAGAAACAGAAAGCCAUGAGAUAGUCCUAUACCAACAACGAAAACGACAACUGCCCACAGAAAAAUGCAAGAUCCACCCCACCAAGGAUAUAGAACUUCUUUGUGAAGAAUGUAAAAUCCCUAUUUGUUCCAAAUGCACUGCCACGUCAGCACAUAGAGGUCACACAUUCACUGAUCUGGAAUCAAUUUAUACAGAUAAGUUUUCUCAUUGUCAAGGAGAAAUUGCAAAAAUUCAUGAUUAUUUCUUGCCAACAUCUAAAGAUUUACAGAAAGAAAUUAAUGGAGAUAUCACAGAAGUCAAGAAGAUAAUUGACAACAUAAGAACCUCCAUGAAGGCUGAAGCAGAGUCCAUUAAAAGUCUGGUGGAUAAAGUGACAUCUGAAAAUAUGGAAGAAGUGAACAAAAUAGAGCAGUCAUUACUGGAAAAAUUGAAUGAUCAAGAAACAACGAUUGAAAAGUAUAUUGCCUAUCUCAAUGACCUGGAUAAAAAGUUCCAUGUUUAUUUGUCCUCUUUAAAACCCACAGAACUUUUCACUGCAGAGGAUAUGAAAAUUGAAUGCAUACCAGAAACAACAAAACCAGUGAUGCCCGUAUUUACUGCUGGAAAGUACAACAAAGAGGAUAUUGCCAAAUUACUGGGAAAAAAAACUUUUCCAAACAUGAAAGAAGAGAUGAGAAAAGUACAGCCCCUGAAAGAAAAAAAAUCUACAUCAUAUCUGAAAGCAACAAGCUAUCAAGUAAUGAAGGACAGUAAACUAACAUCUAAUAUGAAACAAACACUGUCUCUAACUUCCUCUGUCACUGAGGUCAGGAAGUUCACAGUACCAGGUGUUGGCAAUGUAUGGCAUAUGUCACUAGAUCAGUCAGGCAGACUCUGGAUCAGUGAUAUUGCUGGUAACCUUGUCCAAACAGAUCUACAGGGGAAUCAGCUACAGAAGAUACAAACCAGCAGUAUAUAUGGUUACCACACGGUGACACAGGAUGGGGAUCUGAUCUUUACAGACAAAAACAAGACAGUCAUCAAUAGGAUAACAUUGGAUAACAAUAUCACUGAAGUCAUUAAAACAGGAGACUGGGUACCACUCAGCAUACACUCAUCCCACAUCAAUGGGGACCUGCUAGUGGGGAUGAGGAAGAUUGGAGAGAGUAAAAUCACCAGGUACAAUAAGACAGGGAAACAACUACAGAACAUACAGAGGGAUAACAAAGGACAGGAACUGUAUACGGCACCAUACUAUAUAACAGAAAACAUCAAUGGAGAUAUCUGUACAUCGGAUCUUGCUAAAAUGGCAGUAGUGGUGGUGAAUAAAUCAGGACAACAUAGAUUCUCCUACAAAGGUCAGGGGUCAAGUUUCAAUCCCCAUGGAAUCUGUGCUGAUGUCCUUGGUCACAUACUUGUGUGUCAUCUGCUGAAUAUUCACAUCCUUGAUCAGGAUGGUCGGUUCUUAACUCUUCUCACUCCAAAACAAGUAUCCAGUCCUAUUUCUGUAUGUCUGGUUGAUGAGAAUAAUCUUUAUGUGGGAGAAGCUAACAAAACAGUUAAUGUCAUUAAAUAUCUCCAAUCAAUGAACACAGAAUUCAUAUGA